UCCCCUCCCGCGUUGCGCCCGGCCCCGCCCGCCCGGCCUCGGCCUGCGGUCCGGCGCUCCUGCGCCCGGGAGCGCUGGCUCCUCUGGCGCCGAGAAAUGGACCAAUUUUGACAAGAUGUAGUGCUGCAGUGUGCCUGAUGGAAUACAUUCAGUCAUGGCAUCUGAACUUUGUAAGACGAUCUCUGUGGCAAGGCUGGAAAAGCACAAGAAUUUGUUCUUAAAUUAUAGGAAUCUGCAGCAUUUCCCGUUGGAGUUACUGAAAGAUGAGGGACUACAGUACUUGGAGAGACUUUAUAUGAAAAGGAACUCCCUUACAACCUUGCCAGAAAACCUUGCUCAGAAGCUUCCAAACCUUGUGGAACUGUAUCUGCACUCAAAUAACAUAGUUGUGGUUCCGGAAGCAAUUGGGUCCCUUAUAAAGCUACAGUGUUUGGAUCUUAGUGACAAUGCCUUAGAAAUUGUUUGCCCAGAAAUUGGUCGUCUGAGAGCUUUACGUCAUCUUCGACUAGCUAAUAACCAACUGCAAUUCCUACCUCCAGAGGUUGGCGAUUUGAAGGAGCUGCAGACACUAGACAUUUCUACCAAUCGUUUGCUAGCUUUACCCGAGAGGCUUCACCUGUGCCUUUCUCUGCAGUACCUCACUGUGGACCGAAAUCGUCUAUGGUGUGUUCCGCGCCAUCUCUGCCAGCUGCCCAGCCUCAAUGAGCUCUCCAUGGCUGGAAACCGUCUUGCAUUUUUGCCACUUGAUUUAGGUCGAUCUCGAGAACUACAAUAUGUGUACGUGGAUAACAACAUUCACCUAAAAGGCUUGCCAUCCUAUCUGUACAACAAAGUCAUCGGGUGCAGUGGCUGUGGUGCUCCCAUUCAAGUUUCUGAGGUGAAGCUGCUUUCCUUCUCAUCAGGGCCACUAACUGUUUUCCUCCCUGCUGAAGUGAAGGCCAUAGGGACAGAGAAGGAUCAUGUCCUGCCUCUCCAAGAGCUGGCCAUGAGGAGUCUGCAUCGUACCUACCACAGUUCUCUAAAAGAUUUGAACUUUCUGUCUCCAGUCUCAUUACCCAGAAGUCUCCUGGAGCUGCUGCAGUGCCCCCUCGGGCACUGUCACCGGUGUAGUGAGCCCAUGUUUACGAUCGUCUACCCCAAGCUCUUUCCCCUGAGAGAGACACCAAUGGCAGGGCUGCACCAGGGGAGACUGAGCUACGUGAAUAUUUGAAGAUGAAGAGAAGGGCUGACGUUCUUCAUGUUGUUCACAAAGAAAUGGUGCCUGAUCCUUUACAAAAGAUCCCGGUAUUUGCAGUGUUUGGUAGAGGAAGAGAUAUGGGGAAAUACUGAAACUCACUCUAAAGGUAAACAUGGAAAUGGGAGACUAAAGAGCAGAAUCAUCUGAUACCACAAAUAUCAAAAAGAAAGCAAGAAAUGACUUGAUUUUUGCCUGUGCCUGUGGCCACCUCCAGGCGUUGUCUUCACACGCCACUUUCCUUUGGGACAGUCCUGCCCAGUCCAUAUCUUUGUGUGAUCUCACUGAUGCAUCUGGAUUGGCAAGCUCAUCUCAGAGGUUGUGGAAAAUUCCUUAAAUAGAAUUCAUCACGUCCCGCCCCACCUCACCCUCAGGUUUCUCGCAGGUUCCUUCUCAGCCUCUUUGCCAAACUUGUAGAUAAUUUGUGCAGACGUGGAUAAUUUCUACUUUGGAUCAGUUUCUCUAUUUCUGUUAGAUAAUUCCCAUUA